UGAAAAUGGCGUCGUCCAUAACAAUUCCUCGGCGCUUGCCACUACUUUUGGUAAAAGACAGCGUUCUUUUACCGGGAUCAUCGAUGAGAAUACCCGUGAAGAGCAUGAAAAAUAUGAACAUGGUGAAGAGUCGCCUUCUGAGUAGGAAUACACUAAGCAGCACUAUCAUUGGAGUGGUCCCCACUCAGAAGUUGGAGGAGGAGGGGGAGGAUCUUUCGGCUCUGCACUCUAUUGGAACUGCAGCAGUGGUAGUCCAGGUGACUGGAACUAACUGGCCAAAGCCUGCCUACACACUGUUGGUGACUGGACUCUGUCGAUUCAAAAUGCAGGAACUUCUACAGGAAACUCCAUUUCCAGUGGCCACUGUCACACAGCUGGAUAAACUUCCAGAUGACAUGGGUGAGGCAAUAAAGGGUGCUAAUGAGAGUGCUGAAUUAGAGGCUCUGGCAGAGAACUUCAGAGAACAAGCAGCUAAGCUUGUGGAUAUGCUGGACAUUUCUAUUCCAGUUGUUGCAAAACUUAAGAAAAUGUUGGAGAAUUUGCCAAGCCAACACUUGCCAGAUAUUUGUGCAGCCAUUGUGAAGGCUUCUUAUUCUGAAAAGAUUCAAGUACUGGAUGCUGUAGAUUUGACAGAGAGAUUCAAAAAGGCACUGCCCCUUCUGAUGAGGCAAAUUGAAGGAUUAAGGUUGUUACAGAAAGCCAGGAAGGACAGAUUUGAGAUUGUGACGCGAAAAGAAGUUGAUUCUCGACCUGGUAAAAUGAGGAGAGCCUUCAGAAGCAUCAACUCUGACCUGGACGAUGAAGAUGAUUCAGAGGCUGAUGACUCCAUGGACCUGGAGCAGAAAAUCCGGGCUGCCCACAUGCCAGAACACGCCCACAAAGCAGCUAUGAAAGAACUGAAAAGAAUGAAGAAGAUGCCUCAACAGAUGCCAGAACAUGCCCUUAUUAGGAAUUAUUUGGAGCUAAUGGUAGAGCUUCCUUGGUCUAAGAGUAGCAAGGAUGCUUUAGAUGUUUUACAAGCCCGGAAAGAUUUGGACGUAGAUCAUUAUGGUCUUGAUAAACUGAAGAAGAGGGUGAUUGAGUAUUUGGCUGUUCGUCAGCUGAAGAAUUCCCUGAAGGGACCUAUCCUGUGUUUUGUUGGACCUCCAGGGGUGGGAAAAACCAGUGUUGGAAAGUCUAUAGCACAUACACUGGGAAGAGAAUUUCACAGAAUAUCACUUGGAGGAGUUUGUGACCAGUCUGACAUCAGAGGCCAUAGAAGAACAUACAUUGGAUCCAUGCCUGGUAGGAUAAUACAAGGUCUCCGAUUGGUUGGAGUCAACAAUCCUGUUUUCCUAUUGGAUGAAGUGGAUAAACUGGGUAAAUCUCUUCAUGGAGAUCCAGCAGCAGCUCUGCUAGAAGUUCUGGACCCGGAGCAAAACAACACAUUUACAGAUCACUACUUGAAUGUCCCCUUUGACCUGUCACAAGUCCUAUUUAUAGCAACAGCUAACAAUAUGGCUACUAUUCCUCCUGCCUUGUUGGACAGAAUGGAGGUCAUCCAGAUCCCAGGAUACACACAGGAGGAAAAGGUUACUAUAGCAAUGAGACAUCUAAUGCCAAAGCAGAUAAAGGAAAACGGCCUCACUCCAGAACAGAUACAAAUACCAGAGGAAACCCUCAAAGUCAUUGUGUCUAAGUACACAAGAGAGGCUGGUGUAAGGACACUUGAGCGGAGGAUUGGGGGAGUGUGUAGAGCCGUGGCUGUCCGUGUGGCAGAACACAGCUCCAAAGCCAAGCACGAGAAGCUGGAGACCGCCGCAGACAAGAAAGAGGUCACAAACUCCAAUAUGUCGGAGGCCAUGUCUCGCGAUGUAUCCACCCUCGCCCACCCACCAGAGAUGCCAAUAGUUAUUGAUGAUGCAGCUCUAGAAGAUAUUCUAGGGCCACCUGCAUAUGAAAGUGAAGUUUCCCAGCGACUUGGCCAGCCCGGUGUAGCAGUGGGAAUGGCCUGGACUCCUAUGGGAGGAGAAAUCUUGUUUGUAGAGGCCACUGUGAUGGAUGGAGAAGGCAAGGUGACCUUGACUGGACAGCUUGGGGACGUGAUGAAGGAGUCUGCAGAACUAGCCAUGAACUGGGUCAGGUCACAUGCCAGAAGGUUGGGGUUAGAGAAGGAAAAUCGUUUGCUGGACAAGAAAGACAUUCACAUCCAUUUCCCAGCUGGAGCAGUGGGCAAAGAUGGGCCAUCAGCAGGUGUUACUAUAGCAACAGUUUUAGUGUCCUUAUUUAGUCGUAAAUGUGUGAGGUCAGAUGUCGCAAUGACAGGGGAAAUAACUCUGAGAGGCCUUGUCCUGCCAGUUGGUGGAAUCAAGGAGAAAGUUUUAGCUGCUCAUCGGGCAGGGAUUAGGAGAAUCAUUAUGCCAUACAGAAAUGAGAAAGACUUACUGGAAAUACCUACUGACAUCAGGAAAGAGCUAUCAAUUAUACUAGCCCACACCCUGGAUGAUGUGAUCCAGGCAGCCUUUGAUGGAGAGUUUACACUAAUGAAGGAACAACCUACAACAAGCAAGCUCUGACAUACCAAGGGACAGCCUGACAGAAGUAAACUGUGAUGCCAUCAAGCAAAAUAAAAUUACUAAUGAAGAUAUUGAAGUUAAAAAAGCCUUUGGAUUUUUUGUGUGAAAAUCACUGGUUUUAAAUAAAUUUAAAGGUAUUGAGGAAGAAAUGCAAAUCAGAUUUAACUAGAUAAUACAAACAAACAAUUACAUUAAUUGAAUGAUACUGUUAUGGAGUGUAAUUUCAAAAUGAAUAGAUUUUCUGAUAUUUAUAUUAUUAGGAUUACAUUCAGUUAUUUACUGAAAUGUUAAUUUUUAAGAACAAUGAUUGUACUUUAUUUGAUUUCUAUCCUAUAUAUUUUGCUUUUUGAUUGAGUAUUUAUCUAAAAUAUACACAUGUAACCAGCAAUUAAGCAGUGAUCUUCAAUAUGUUGUAUGAGGAGAUGAAUCCAAUCAUUUAAAUCAAUCUGUUGUUAUUUGUUAUAUGAUUGACUAAAAAAUGGUAUUAAAGAUUAACAUUAACAA